AUGCCUCAGGGUUCUGCGACUUCCUGGUCGUACUUUCUCAUCAAACUUUUGUUCCAAUUUGUUCUCAAAAUCUUCUAUGGAACCAUAGUGGUCGAGAACACGCACUUUAUACCUCCAAGAGGUGAACCAUGCAUUGUCUGUGCGAACCAUAGUAAUUCGCUGACGGAUGCACUCCUCCUUGUCACUGCUAUACCAACCAGGAGACGCAAUCUAUUACGACUGACAGCGAAGUCCACUCAGUUCGGGAAACAGACAUUCACCAGCUGGCUCAUAGAGUCUGCUGGAACUGUUCCGAUAAAACGCCGCAAAGAUUCUCCCAAUGGACAAGUUGAUAACACCCAGGUCAUGCUCAAAUUGAUCGAGGCUCUAGAGUAUGGUGAUGCGGUCUGCCUUUUUCCCGAAGGUAUGAGCAGAUAUCACCCAACCAUUGCUCCUCUGAAGACCGGAGUUGCUCGUAUUGUGUCGGACGUGCUAUCACGCAAUCGCAACAACCCAGACUUUGAACUAUCGGUGCUCACUUGCUCGAUAACGUAUAUGCAUAGACAGCAUUUCCGUUCAGAUGUCUUGGUAACAUUCCACUCGCCCAUGAAGUUCCGACCGAAGGAUAAUCCGGAACUCCUGAGUCCAGUCAAUUACGACAGGAUUCGGGACUUGACCGCUCGGAUGCACCAGCAAAUAAGUUCUGGGACUCUCGAUGCGCCAUCAUGGGGACUUAUUCGCAAUGCAAAGCUUGCUGCGGGGAUGUACGCGCCGCUGGGCACCACGAUGACUUUAGGUGACUAUGUGCGCGUAGUACGAACUUUCCUGGAGGCUUUCAAACUGGCCGAAGCUCCGCGUGCAUCUAGCAGCAGCGAUGGUGAAACUGUUUCGGCGGAGCAAGUGGCUAUUGAAGACGGUAAAAUUAUUGGGUUAGGGAAUGAUCUGAAGGAAUAUCAAGACCAGCUCGUUCGCUGGGGCAUUAAGGACGACCGGAUACGCAGACCUCUUCCUCGGAGAAUUAUUAUCUAUCGCCUCGCCGUGCGGCUCUGGUGGUCCGUUUUCCUCCUUUCGAUCUCCAUCCCAGGUCUCUUGCUGUGGCUACCCGUACUCAUCACCACUUUCAUCGGCGUCUCCGAAUUCAAGCGGACAGGGCCCAUUUGGGACACCUGGGACGAGAUCGCGCAGUACAAGCUGACCUACGGGUUCAUCUCUGGGCUAUGCGUCUGGGUCGGCGCAAUGCUGCUCACGUUCCCCAUCGCGUUCGUCACGGCGGCAGCGGUACCUGCUUGCAUGUGGAUGUCGCUGCGGUGGAUGGAAGACGCCAUAUCCGCCUUCCGUGCAUUCGUGACGCUGGUGCGCCUGCUCAUCGUCGGCCAGACACGUCUGCACGAGGCGCAUGCUGUCCGCGAAGGCCUCCAUGCACGCGUGAUGGACCUGGCCGUCGACACCCUCGGGCUGCCUCGGGAUCCCGAGCAGCAUUUCGCUAAGAGUGGGGGCAGGGAGAAGGGGAGGGUAAGAGGCCGAUGGGCGGGAAGUGCAAAAUAUUUCUCUCUCCGUAGGAGGAGAAAGCGUGAUUGGAACGAAAUUCUGAGGCUCUACGACCAAGUCGACUACCCAGAAGCGGACUACUGA